AACAAGCAAACAUCACCAAUCUGCCCGAAAACUACUUCUGCAAAUACUACCUCUAUCAUGCAAUGAGCUGGCCGCAAUUAAGCUAUGUCGCCGUCGACGUAAGUGCGCUUCACUUCGCGCUCACGUGCUCCCCCAAGUCAAACAUCAAGCGUAUCCCAGAUACCAACAUGGCACUUCUCAUUAAUCACAAAUAGUCUCGCACCCGCCCAAAUCGCCGUACGACCCGCCCAAGAUCGUCGGCUACGUGCUCGCCAAAAUGGAGGAGGAGCCGAGCGACGGCGUGCAACACGGGCACAUCACCUCGCUGUCCGUCAUGCGCACGCACCGGCGUCUAGGACUGGCGGAGAAGCUGAUGCGGCAGAGCCAGCGGGCCAUGGCCGAGACGUUUUCCGCGCACUAUGUGUCUCUGCACGUGCGCAUGUCCAAUACUGCCGCACUGCACUUGUACCGUGAUACCCUGGGCUUCACGGUGGAUAAGGUGGAGGCAAAGUACUAUGCGGAUGGUGAGGAUGCGUAUAGUAUGCGGAUGGAGCUGAGUGAUUUGCGAUUGAGGGACGGGGAUGAUGGCGAGGAUGGGGAGAAGGAGGCGGGGGAUGAGGGGGACGAGGUGGGCAGUGCGGGAAAGAAGGGUGAUGAGGAAAAGGAGGAGAAGAAGGAUCUUAGGAAGGUCAAGGUUGGGAGGGGCCUGGGGGUCGGGGCGCUGGUUGAAAGAGAUGAGAGGGGGGUUGCUGCGUAAAGGAAGAGUUGCGCAAAGGCAAAGGGCCGGCUGAGCCCAGAUACAGCGGCAAACAAAAUAAGAAUAUUUUCUCUCAGAACGAUCAUCCCAUUAGAUACUGUAUGACGACGACUCGUAGUAAG